GUUGUUUUGCUAAAUGCAUAGGAUCGAAGCUUCAGUUUAAAACAAUGACGUCAAGUUUAUAUGAUGACUUGGAUAUUUUAGACGGAACACCUCUCGAUAAUUUAACAUCAAGCGAAUCGUCUAACAAGUCAGGAAAUGCUCCAUUAGUUGGUUUGCGUGUCACUGCUAACUGGUCGGAAUCUGAUGUAACACCAUCUAAUCAAUUCAAUGUGAAUGCUUCUUCAGUCAAUUCAAAUUCCAGUUUAAAAUUAAUGCAAUCUCACAUGGCUGUGAAACGUGCUCAGGGUCGACGCCCCGCCACAGAUUCUUCUAAUUCUCAGUGGAGUACUCGCACAACACUAGCCCCAGUAGUCGAUUUAAAACAGCGUGUACCACACGUAGAUGGCUCUUACAGAUUUAAUCAAUUGACUGGACGAUUAGAACGAUGUGUUUCGGGAAGCAGUGGAGGUAAAUCUAAACGUUCGUUGAAACAUUCCAAUACAGCUAUGACGAAUGGUUUACUAUUUGGUGAACCAAAUCUACCUUUGGGUGUGAUGGAUGAAUAUAAUCCCAUGAUUCCUAAUGAAUAUGAAGAAUUAGCUCGAAUUAAACGUGAACGUAGACGUGCUGAGGAAUCAGCGCUUGCAGACAGACACCAUCGACUGGAUCCAUUUGGUUUGAAUGAUCCUUCGGGAAUGUGUCGUCGUUAUGAGUAUUCAGAUGAAGAAGAUGACGAAGAUACAGAAUAUACUGCAGCUUCCGGUAGGAGUUCUUCACAACCAACAAAGGGUGCUGCUAUUGCACCUCCAUCUGUUUUACUCGAAGAUGUAACUGUUACUCCUGGUUCAAAUGCAUCCCAAAACUCUGAAUCGUCGGUUAAUGAUGAUGACCCUGGAGUUAGCACAGCUAGUAGUAAAUUUGGAAUUAAUGUUGUUGCAGCGAAAAUGAUGGCUCGAAUGGGAUAUCGAGAAGGACAAGGUCUAGGUAGAGAAAGUCAAGGAAUGUCCACUGCAUUAGUUGUUGAAAAAACUAGUCGACGUGGUGGCAAGAUAAUUCAUGAAAAAGAUCAACAACGUCAACAAAUCCACGUCAAUGCUUCUGCUGUUAAUAAUAAUAAUCUACCUAGUUAUUUAAGUGCAAAUGUAGAAGAGACAUUCAAUAAUCUACCACUUCCAGAGAAUCGAAGCUGUGUUAUUCUUCUACGUAAUAUGUGUGGGCCAGGUGAAGUUGAUGAUGAUCUAGAACCCGAAACAGCUGAAGAAUGUGCUAAAUAUGGCAAGGUAGUAAUGUGUAUGAUUUAUGAAUUGCCUGAAGCUCCAGAUGAUGAAGUAGUUCGUAUUUUUGUGGAAUUCGAAUCUGAAGAAGCAGCAACGAAAGCGGUACUCGAUCUAAAUGGCCGAUUUUUCGCUGGACGUGUCGUGAAGGCUGGAUUUUACGAUGCAGAAAAAUUCAGGAAUUUGGAACUCGCCGAUGCGCCAUUGUCUACAUAACUUUCCGUUUCAUUAUGCACAGUAUAUAUAAUUAUUGUCUAAUUAUACAUGUACAAGUGUUCUAAUCGACUUCACAAAACACAGUAUACAACACCCCGGAUCGGAGAACUGAUUAAAUGCGGGUUUCUUAAUACAGUACAUUUGGUAAUAACAUAUUCCUCCUAAUUCUAAGUAGAAAUAACAAGAGCACUUUCAUAUAGGGUUCAAAGGCCAGUCUCAUACCUACUUUGAGCAAAACUCAGGAUCUUGACAAACUGUUGGUAAAAGUUAUGUUCGAACUGUAAUAAACUACAUUUUGACAAAGCUUUUAGUCAUGAAAUUUAUUAUUUGCAUAUUGUUCUUGUUACCAGUUUAGGAAAGAUAAUUUGCUGAGGAUAUAAAUUGUAGCUGAGAAUUGAUUCAAAGUUUUUUAUUUAGUUCUGCAUAAUUUUCUCAUUAAUCUUAGUAUGUAUUCUUAUUCAAGCUGUUUAUGUAUUUAGGUGAUUUACUUCAAUAUCCUUAGUGCAUUCGGUAACUUAUUUACGAAAUAUUAUGCUCAACGAG